AUGGUGAUUGAUGUGUAUGUUGAUGGUAUUCUAGUUGCUGGGGACGAUUUGACUGAAAUUGACAACCUUAAACAUUUUUUGGAUACUGCAUUUAAGAUUAAGGACCUUGGAGAAAUUCAUUAUUUUCUUGGUUUGGAAAUUACUAAAGAGCAUUCUGGUUUUCUCAUUAGUCAACAUAAGUUCAUUAUGGAUAUGCUGUCUGAAUUUCACUGUUCUGAUGUCUCCUCUGUGGUGGCUCCCCUUGAUCCACAUGUGAAAUUGUCUGCUGAAUUGGGUGAUCUUUUGUGUGAUCCUUCUAUGUACAGAAGACUUGUGGGGAAACUCAAUUAUCUUCAACAUACUAGACCUGAUUUGUCUUACGCUAUUCAACAUUUAAGUCAGUUUAUGUCAGCACCCAAAGUUCCUCAUUUAGAUGUUGUUUUGCAUGUUCUUAGAUACUUGGCUGGUACUUCUUGCUUAGGUUUGCGUCUUUCUGCUAUUUCUGAUUUUUCACUUCAAGUGUUUCUACUGUGGAUGAACAGUGAAUCUACUGUUGAGUGGGUCCUGGCGGCUG